AUGGACGAUCCCACCAGCAAGGACACCUAUGCAUGCUUCGAGAAGGUCAUGGAGAUGCUUCGCGGGCCAAAUCUCGAUACCGAAGAGCUCGACGUCAACCUGGCGAUCCUCAACAUCUCCGCAGUGAAGAAUUCCCUCUGGCAACUCUACAUCAUCCCAUUCGAUCAACUCGGGCCACCAUCGAAGCGAGAAGACGAUGGGAGACCAACGGCCCAAAUCACAGUCCUACCCGGCGGCCACGGACAGUCAAUGGCAAAUACGGCUGUCGUGAAGAGGAGGCGCGCUGGGCCACGUGGAAGCAGAGCGGCUUCCCGAUCAUCGCGGAAGGACAAAGGCCCGGAUCCGACUCGUCGCCCUCCAACGAGGAGCAGCCAGAGACUGGCGGCACAGAGAGAUGCUCCAAAGAGAAGACAGUUGCGUCUGUUCAUUAUCCAUGUCCGUGGUGAAGCGAGGCAGCAUGACGUCGAAUUCAAGCGCACACUAAUCGGCGAAUUUGCGGCUGGUCGCUCACAGCGCAGCUCCGGCAUCGUUGUCAUCUUCCGAGGAAUUGCGCGCGGUCCUGUGCGUCGCAUACUUCAUGGACGGCUGCAGAAGCAUCUACAGCAGCCUGAACACGAGGCGAAACAAUGCCGACGCUGCGAAUCGAUUUCCGGAUCCGUACAGCGAUUGCCCACCAAACAAAGCCCAGACACGGACUUGCGAUUCGUUUCGCCUUCCGGAAGGAGAGCGCGGCAGUCGAGUAAUGACCAGAGCGCAAUGGAGGAUCGUCGCUUCAGAGAUGGCGUCAAGGAGAUCGAGAAUGAGCCAGAGGAGCGGCUUGAAGAGGAAUGCAUCCUCUUCCAAGCGCCCGGAGAUUGUCCUGAGCUCGAGCAGCAGCUAUCACAACGGCUGUUACGUACUUUCAGCUGGAAAGUUCCUUGA